AACAAGCCUCUGUCGCUCUCACCGAGUCUGAUCGCGCACUAACAGCUGCUGCUUCACCGUCGUCACUCGUGUCGCCGAGCUCCCCAUCACCACCGGCAAAAAGCCCUUCUUUUUGCCCCAGAGUGACUCCGGAUGACUUCGUCCACCUGUCCACUUGUCCCUCCUCCCCGUCCUCUGGUCUUCUGGGUCUUCUGGGUCUUCUGGGUCUUUUGGGUCUUUUGGGUCUCAACCUCGGAUCCUCUUCUGUCGCAGGGAACUCUAAAUAUCCUUCCCAGGCUCCCCCUUCUUGGGGAAUAUUCUCUCGACGUCUUCCAGCAAUGGCUUCCACCAAGCUGGAUCAGGUCUGGGUUCAGACGUCGCCUUCCCGGACCACGCGCUCGCUCUCGUGUUCCGGCGCCCUGUUCCCGCUCCCGCUGCCGCCGCCCCGGGUCCUCGCCAUGCCGCCGUCCCUCUACUGCGUCAUCCGGGAGGGCAACAAGGCCGACAAGUUCCCCCUCAAGAGCCUGUGGGAGUUCCGCAUCGCUGGCAUCCGCGAGGUUGUGGGCUACCUGCGGGACUCCGUCCGCCGCGACAUGGCCUGGGACGGGACCAACUUCGUCGUCGACGCGGAGAACCGGGCCAUUGUCCUCCAUCCCGAGGUCCGUCGGGACGAGCAGCCUGCCGACGCCUGCCGAAGAGCUUUUUCGGACCUGUGCCUCAAAAACAGGGGGAAGUUCAACAACUGCUUCGACAAGUGGCUCAGCAAGCCCGCAGAACGCCGCGAGUUUCACCCCAUCCACGUCACCGAGGCCGCAUGGCAGGACCUGAGCAUCCCGCUGCCCGCCAGGGGCAUCUUCGGCAUCAUCACCGUGGGCGUCCAUCUGAACAUGUACUCGGUGCGAGAGGUCGACGGCCGCGAGCUCGUCGACCGCAUCUGGGUCUCGCACCGGGCGAGGGGAGAGAAUGUCUGCUACUCGGGCAUGAUCGACCAGGUUGUUGCAGGUGGCAUGGACCCGACGGACAGGGUUGACGAUCUCCUAGCACCGGGUGUCACUCUGAAACGGGAGGCCGAGGAGGAGGCCGGUUUGUUGCUCGACUUGGACACCAAGAACAUGACUUCAAGUUGCUGCUGCGGCCAAAAGAAAGUAAUUGGCAUCGUCGAAGAUGCACCUGCCAUCGCCUUCUACGACUGCAAGGGCCGCGAAGCAGGCCGCGGGAACGAGGGCCACCUGGAGCCGGGAGUGCGGUUCGUGUACGACGUCAAGCUCGAGGACCCGACCUUCCAACCGCGGAGCCACGAGCGCGGGAUCGAAAAGUUCGAGUCUCUGACGGUGGACGAAGUCAAGCGGUGGCUGCGGGAGCGGCGGUGGAAGCCCAACUGCGGGCUGGUGAUGCUCGACUUUCUGGUGCGAAAGAACCUGAUCACCGAGGCCGACGAGGAGCGGUUUGGCGACAUCGCGGCCGAGCUGCGGAGGUCGCUGCCGUUCAAGUUUGCGCAGGAAGGAUUCCCGUUUUUGGCGCCCUGGGAGUGAGCGAGAUGGAGGAGAUGACAAGUGUAUUUCAAAAAAAGAUUGGACACGAAAGAGCCGGUCCCCCUGU